AUGGCUGAUCAAUUAGAAUUCAAGAGUGCGAAUAUACCAAAAUCAACCUCAGGAUACGAGAUAUUCGAUGUGGAUGAGUCCAGUAAAGGAAAACUAAAGAGCUGCAAAAAACUAAGUCCUCUGGUCAAAAGUCUUCUUAUUCUACUUAUAAUCGCAGUUGUUGCAACCACUGUGAUUGUUUCAACUGUUCUCUUAACUCGACCAAGAACACAGUCCUCAGCUAUUCAAUUGGCCAAUUAUUCGUCUGCCGUACCAUCAACGAUGACUAUCAGUUCAACAACCACAACAACAGUAGUGAGUAUCCCUUCGACAGCCACAGAAACAACGAUAGACGUCGCUCCGAUAGCUACAACAACAACAGCGGGUGUUACUUCGAUAGUCACAGAAAUAAUGACGGAAGUUGCUUCGACAGUGACGAAAACAACGACGGGCGCCGCUGUGACAGUCACUACUACUAUAAAAGACACGACAGGAUGGCGUAACACUGGUAGCAUGAGUACUGGACGAGAGUGGCACAGAGCAUCUCUAUUAACAAAUGGAAAAGUAUUAGUUACUGGUGGAAACUAUAAUUUAACUACUGAUCUGAGUAGUGCUGAAUUGUAUGAUCCACUAACAGAAACUUGGACAACGACUGAUAGUAUGUAUUUCGAACGACGAAGCCAUACAGCAUUAGUAUUAAAAAAUGGACAAGUGUUAGUGGCUGGUGGACGAACUCCUGAUUUUUCUAUAAAUACUGCUGAGUUGUAUGAUCCAUCAACAGGAACGUGGAAAAUAACUGGUGGUAUGAAAAGUGCACGAAACGGACACACAGCAUCCUUAUUAACAAAUGGUCAAGUGUUAGUUACUGGCGGAACUGUUAAUAAUAUUCCUACAAAAACUGCUGAGUUGUAUGAUCUAUCAACAAAAACCUGGAAAAGGAUUAGUAGUAUGAAUGAUGCACGAGGUGGACAUACAGCAUCCGUAUUAGAAAAUGGACUAGUGUUAGUUACUGGUGGAUUUAAUGACUCCAUUAGCCUAAAGAGUGCUGAGUUAUAUGAUCCAUUAACAAGAACUUGGACAAUAACUGGUAGUAUGAAUAGUCGACGAUAUUUACACACGGCAUGCGUAUUAACAAAUGGAAAAGUAUUAGUUACUGGUGGACAAACUGGUAGUUCUGGUCUAAAUAGUACUGAAUUGUAUGAUCCAUCAACAGGAACUUGGACAAAGAUAGAUUCUAUGAGUAAAGAACGAACGUGGCACACCGCAUCAGUAUUAACAAAUGGAAAUGUCUUAGUUACUGGUGGAUUGGGUAUAGAUGGUACCACAAAUAGUACUGAGUUGUAUAAUCCAUCAACAGGAAGUUGGACAUUGAUUCAUAGUAUGAAUGGUGCACGACAGUGGCACACAGCAACUGUAUUAAGAAAUGGAACCGUAUUAGUUACUGGUGGAGCAUCUAAGGAUGGUCUUGUAAAUCAUUCAGAAUUAUAUUAUUCAUUUGAAACAAAUUACUAA